AAUAUUCUUCCUUUCCACAACAAUGUCAAUGUCCACACUCGCCGUUACCGUCACCGUCCUUCUCUCCCAUUUUUUCACCUUCUCUCAUGCCCGUACUCCGUUAAUCCUCCCGGCAAAUGACGUCAUCCAACGCCAUCCCUCACAUUCCUCACCGGAAUCUGACACCAAGUCCACCAUUCUCCUCCCCAGCCAGAAACCGCCCUCCAAACCAGUCAGCAUCCCCGAUCAGUUCUUAGAACCCGAACCCAUCAACACCGAUACUCAGCCCAUCGAAUCCGCCGUGGACCUACCGGAAUCUGACGCGGCCACGCUGUCCCGACCAACGAACGUCGUCAGUUUCCGUCCGAUCAACCGUCAGUUCCGGUUGAAACGUCCGUAUCCUGUCCGAUUCUCUCACCACCACCGCUGCCGCCACAGAUCCAAGACGACGAGCCCCAGCGACGUGGUAUUUCCCGGCGAGAAAAGUGAUCUCCAACCGGUGAUGUUCCGCGGCGGCGGUGGCGUGCGUCAGAUUCCAGCGAGGUGGGUCACAUUUCACCACCACCACCGUCAGCAUCAUGACGCGAGGCCGAGGUUCUCCUUCAAGCACCACCGCAUGUUCGAGAAAGAGCGUUUCAAGACGGGGGAGAAGAACAAAAAGAAUAAGAGAGAAGGUAAGAAAGGUCGUGAUGAGAGAGAAAAUGGUUUCAUGAAGCGCAUUCGCAAGUUUCUAAUCACUCCCACUUUUUGAUACUACAUAUAUAUAUAUAUAUAUAUAUAUAUAUAUAUAUAUAUAUAUAUGAGUUAAUUGCAUAAAAUCUAUAAUUACAUUUUAGGAUUUCAGUGCUAAAUUUUUUUAAAAAAAUUAGAAAAUAAAUGGAUCAAAGCACAUAAUUUUUUAUUUGAAAAUCUUAAUUUAUGCUUUGGAUCAACUGCUCUGAAUUAUAAAUGUUUUGCAUAUUGUUCUCUUUUCAGAGUAAUGUGUAAACUUAUUAUAAUUCAUGGAUUUUGUGCAAUUAAUGUAAAAAUUUUCAGUACUAGCUUAGAAGGAUUUAUUUUGGAUUUAUUUUAUCUCCGGAUCGUAACAUCCACACUUUUUUUAUAAUUUAGGAGGUUUUGUGCAAUUAACUAUAUAUAUCUAUAGUUCUGUAGAAUUGAUACUGAUGUACACGCCUAUAUGUGAUUUCUAUUUCCAAUUUUGAUUUGUUAGACUUAGCGUCCAGUUCUGUAAAUAAGUUUGCAUCCAUACGAGAUGUAGAAGUAUAUACAGAUUUUUAAUAUAUAUGUGACUCGUUCAAAAA